AUCUAUACCGCUGAUAAUGAAAAUCUGACCCGCGGCAUUUCGACGGUGCGCCACUUCCUGCAAAUGUUUCGAAAGUUAAUUUUCGAGCCCAAUAAGCUUUUUCAGAAUGUUAAGUGCGUUCGCACUUUGAAAGUUCAUGAAUAUUCGGCAAUGGAGUUGUUAAAAAAGUACGAAAUACCUGUUCCAAAGUUUGUAGUUGUUCGGAAUGUGGAUGAGGUCAGAGCUACUUGUAAAGAAUUCGGUAGGUACAUUCAAUGCGUAAGAUUUUGUUUCUUCACUUUCUGUCACUCAGUAAGUUUAAUUUGUUCUGGAAAUAUCUUAGUGUGUUAUUAUAGAUGUCGUUAGUUAACUGUGAUUUUCAAAGACAUGUAAACCAUAACUCCCCUACUUUAAUUUUCCUGACGUUUUUCUCACCUCCUAUAAGUCUACAUGUUCACGCACUUUAAUCACUGAGCAAUUUAAAGCUUCUAUGAGUUCAAACCAACCACUUUACGAAAAUAAAGCUGGUCUCUUAUCCCUUGGAUACAGUACUUUAGUUAGCCAAGCUAUUUUGAAUAUAGAGUGUUAAGGUCACAUAAGGUCGCAUACUACCUCGUUAAGCUAAACAGUUAGGGCUAUGUAUUCUACUUGUGUUAGUGCAGACAAAUUAUUGGACACAGAUUUUUAUUUUUAACACGAGAAAUUAAAGACAAAUAGUCACAAUCACGUGCCUUGUCAACUAGGGGUGAUGUGUCACUCUUUGUGUACAAUGAGUUAUUCUAUGCCUUUAUGUAGGGUAUUGGUUGAGACCAUCUGUUUGGUUAGACCAAGACUCAAUCAUCCCAUCAAGAGGUUUAUUACAAGUUUAAUUUACGCCGGUUUAUUAAUUAAAUCCAUAAAAUACCAUUCGGAUUACUUAUAAAAUGUAUAGUUGUUGAUAAGAAAGGUAGUUUUUUUAUAUUUAAUUAGCGUUGAUAACCGAUUUCAAAUUUACCAUCACCAUACUCGGGGACGUCAUCAGCAACAACUUGAAAACUGAUUUCCCUGAAAAAUUAGUGUUGUUGAGGUGACAGGUUGGUUACUAGGUAACCAUAACAAGUCAGAUAAUGAGGCAAUAAACCUUGAUUAACUGAGUUAGAUAAGACAUGUAUUACAUGUACCCAUCUACUGCUUACCUCGAUAGGUGAUAUGGUCUGGUAUUGGGGUAAGCUAGAAGAAAUCUAGGGACUCCCAAACCAAAACGUGGCACCAGUCCAUGACGUCAUUGACAGUUAGGAUAAGCUGUUAACAGGUGUAGAUUACGUGGUUGCGUUCCUUAAGAUUAUCGUAACCAAUCGUCAAAGACUGGGCGACAUGGGUCAGUGGCGUAGGUGCAUUCUAUCUUUGUCUUGCCCUAAGACCUAAGUCCCGAAUUUUCCUUAUACCCCCCUUUUUCAAGAUGGUAAUACCAAUUGAAUGGUCGUCACUGUGUCCGAAUACACGAUGCCGAACCUCUGCAUCACUAACAUGGUGUUGCCACUGGAUGUCAGUGAUCCUUUGGAGACGACGAUGGUCAAACGCAGAGUCAUCUAAUAUUCUCAACUUGGAGAGACUAGAAUCCACUAACAUAUGGCGAAACUGCUCUCAUUGACGUACUGUAGGUUCGAUCUUUUACAUCCAGACUAGUAUCACAAAGGUGUCAAAGAUGGGUCAGAGUGGAAUAAGCCGCUCCGGCUUUCACUAUACGUGAAUUGAUCUCAUCACUCACGCCAUCACCGGCACUUACACAGGUACCCAGAUACGCAAAAUUCUCGACUACUUCUAUCUUCUCACUACACAGAAUGAGUGCAGGUUUAGAGUUCCCCCAGUUUUGUAGAACUAAUCUGCACUUAGAAGGUGAAAAGCACAUGCCAUUAUCUGUAGACACUGAUUGCUAACUGACUAAAUGCGGAUUGCUUGUCUUGAGUAUCAUCACACAGUAAGAUGAUGUCACUCGCAUACUCAAGGUCAAAAAGUAUUUUUCCGGGUAAAAGGUCCACACCACAGUUAUCUACAUCCAUCAGAGCUGUUUUCAGAACGUCAUCGAUGGCAAAGUUGAAGAGGGAUGGUGAGAUUGGGCAACCCGAUUUCACCUCACUGCCUGAGUAAAACAGUGAAGAGAGGUGGUUUUACGCCCUCAUUCUCUCUGAAGUGUUUGUAUACAGUACUUUUAUGAUGUCAAUAAACCUAUCAGGCACAUCCUCGUUCAAUGGACUAUCCCAGAAAACAAUUUUGUCCGACGAAUCGAAGACGGACCUGUUUUCAAGAAACACUACUAUUGUUAGCUUGUAAUAAGUAUGACGACGUUCUAACACAUAGUAGAGAGUGAAGAUAUGAUCGACACGUCAUCGAGCAAAACGAACACCAGCCUGCUCCUCGUGAGUCAAUCUUUCCUGAGUUUUGAGCAAUCUACGAAAUAUGACGGAAGCCAAUAGUUUGGACGCAAUCGGAAGUAGACCUAUCUCUCGAUAGUUGUUGCACAGGUGAUAUGAAUCCUUUUUAAAGACGGUGACAACUGUCGAUUCCUUCUACAAUAUUGAGACUCUAAUCUAUCAAACGCACUUUUUGUAGGAGAACACUUGACCGGUGAGAGAACUCAUCCUUGACCGCAUGCUUUCUGUAAUCUUUCAGAGCCUAGACGGAGACGACGAAAAGACAUAGUUUCUUAAAUCGACUUCUCACUCUGAUGGAGCUUUCUAAUCUAACGGCAUGUAACCGAAUGUUGAUGGAGAUCCAAUCGAUCAGCGCUGUCUCAGAUCUAGCGCUUAGUGCGACAGCAACGCCAGCGAAACCAGACGAAGAUGUUCCCGGAUAAACACACAUGAAACAAGCUUUUUGAAGUGACAGAUGGAGAGUGAACUUGUAGUGCUUCACUAGAGUCUUGAAUACGGGUCUCGGAUAAAUAACACACAUCAAUGUUAAGGCUUUCUAAAGACAAUUAACUUUAUCUGUUGUCCCACCCGUAUACGUGUGCGAUCGUUGAAGAAAGUCAGUUUGAAUGGUAUGUUUUCAGAAAGGCAGGUUCAGAAUUCGUAUUGAAUAGUAGCAUUCAACUUUCGACCAUUCAUUAACUUGAGGUCUUUUAGAUAGGGCACGGUUGUCACGAUAGGCGAGCUGUUGUGGAAAUUGAAGAAUGAAGGAAUGUUCAAAGCUGGAGCAAAAGAAUAGACAGGUGAUGCAAUUCAAAAUAAAAAAACUUGUAUUAACAAGUAGUUUUGACUAUGAUUUGGGGGAGAUGAAAAUUCAAUUGUGGAUAGUCUUUUUAUUCACCAUUUAGUUUGUGUUUGGGGUGGGAUACUGCAUGGGUGCCCAAAACUGAAGCCGGUGGUCUUCUUAAAGAACCACUCUCCGAGCUUUUGACCCAAAGGUCUAGUCCACAAGACCAGUGGUAAACGUUAGAUGCAGUUCUAUGGUAGCCGUUGACCAACAACAGAUUCCCUCAGGAUCCUGGAGUACAUGUACAUUAUUGGAUUAGAAUCAGGGUUUCCCAACUCCCCCAUGUGAAUCCUCCGUACCCACCGACCUGGUUAAAGCGCCUGACAUUCGCUUUUCAUCACGAAGUUUAUAGACUUGAAGAGUUAUCGGACAUAAUUCAGAAUAUAAUCCAGUAGGGGCCUGAUUUUAUUCUCCUUUUUUAUAAACAAUAUUACGUAACAUUUACGUUAAUAAAAUCUAGCCUGUUUUUGUGCUAAUGUGAAUGACAUUCUCCAAUACUUUUUAUUUAUGCUUUUAUUAUAUAGUUUUAUUCUUUUUAUUUUCCCACAAUAUUACAAUUCGGGUUUAUGAAACAUAUGUCUUGGCAUCUUAUUGUACUAAACAGUCUCUUAAGCGCUAUUAAUAGAGUCUUGUUUCUUCGUUAUGGUCCAUGAUGGAUGAGAUUUCUCACACAGCUUUGAUUUAGUUUGUAAUGUCCAUCAUAAAUUAUGAAUUCUGCAGAAAAAUCGACUUUAAUUCAUGUGUAUUACAAUUUAAAAACAUAUCACAUCUGCUUGUUUGUCGUCUAAUACAAAAAUCCUGUUCAGUAUUUUCCCCUAUUUAUCAUGUAUCCUUUUUUAUUCAGGCAUUUUACCUGAAAGGGAAUUAGAAAAUUCAGGUAAGGUUAUAUUAUCCGUUAUGGCAUUCACAUGUUUUCUGUUACUACUCUGACGGUUUGCUACUUUUUGGCGUAAAAUUCCUCCUUUACUUAUUAUUUCUUUUAUGCAGUACGUAACAAGACUUUUUUCUUAAAAGGUGGUGAUUUCUGUGUGUUUGUGUGUGUGCAUUGAGCGUUUCAGCACUGUCUAAUUAAUAACAGCUCCAGUAAUUUUGUAUGACUAUUAUGUUACGCAUUAAUUAUGUUUUGACACUUGAAUGUAAAACUGGAAGGAACAUCAUCGGUGCAAAUUUUAGUUAUACUUGUAGGUAGUUUUAUUGAUACAACUCAAAGUGUAUAUAUGUGAGGACAGUUAGUCUUGGGGAGAUGUAGAACUGUCUGCAAAAAAGUAUAUAUAUAUAUAUAUAUAUAUAUAUAUAUAUAUAUAUAUAUAUAUGAGGAACUAUCUAAUCUACUUCAUGAGAAAUAUAUGAUUAGACAUUAAAGGCCUUACUAAAUGUUUGUGAAAUUGAAUAGACUAGAUCUAUGUUAAUAUGUUGUUAAGCUCAUUGUGAAUCAUUGUUCAAGUGUUUAAUCGUUAAAUGUCUAACCUGUUAAGUGCUUUGUUCAAUUUGAAUAUUAGGUAGCGUAUCUAGUCCUCAUACUUAUAAUUUAUCUGAAAAAUAAAUAAUCUCAAUCUUGCUAUUGAGUCUUAUUAAAUUGGAAAUUUCAUUGAAACAUAGACAGUACAAUGUUCCUUGGAAUAUCAAGUUUUAAGGAGGCUUUUAAUACAAUGGCAUUGGUAAAUUUCACUUGUUAGUCACCAAACAAAUUGAGCUAUUAAUAUUUAAAUGUUAAGGAAUCCCAACUGUUCAUCAAAUGCAAAAUUUCAAAAAUUCUGAUAUUGGAUAAUACUUGUAACUUCUGAAAUAAACUAGAUGCGUUAACAAAUUCACAAGUAAGUGUCAUUGAAUGUUGUAAACUUUUCUUCUCAGUAGAUUAGUUCUUCUCUUAGUUGUUGUGUGCUAUAUUGUUAAUUGAUUUUGAUAUUUAAAAAAAAGAUUUUCUUCUGUUUUUUGUACUUCAUAGUGCCAUCAAUUUGUUGCAUUUGGUGCAUUUCCUUAACGCCCUUAAUUGUUUACAAAACAUUUUUAUUAUUAAAUAAAUAAAUAGAUGGUUAACUUAUGAUGCUCUUGAGUAUUUUAAGAUGUUUAUUAGAUAAGUUUGUGCAUAUUUUUACACCCAAUGUAAUAACAAUUUUUUUAAGGAUAAAUCUGCAAAUGAACAAGAAGACAUUCACGUACACUGUGAUCAGUCUGUCUAGAUGUGUUUAAAUACUCAACAUAACAAAAUAAUAAUUCAAUAAUUGAUUUUUUUUUCCUUCCUCCCCUUAUAUCUAUAUUCAACCAUAGGUGAGACUACAGAGAGCACAGAUAUGGUGUUGAAAGCACAAGUGUUAGCUGGUGGCCGUGGUAAAGGUAUUUGGGAUAGCGGAUUAAAAGGUGGAGUUAAAAUUGUAUACAAGUGAGUUGGAUUGUUUUUCUUUCGAAUUGGCGUGUUUGUUUAUUUAUCUUCUGCAAAUAGAGCUACCCUUUCAUAUUACAGCGCUGUGAUAUGAACUGACCAUCUUUCUGUUUUUACCAUUUAGUAUCAAUAUCGCGAAUAAUGUGCACCGUAUGAAAACUACACGGAUGACAUUCAUGAAAUAUGUUCAAGCUACUUUAGGCCAGUGUUUCAAGAUGGUGAAACGAAUUAAAUAGCUAUCAUCGUGUCUAUGCACAUAAUACCGGACCUCUUAGUGGUUCUUCGGAGGAAACGGUGAUCAAACGAAGAGAGUUGUUAAUUAUUUUCAGCUCAAAGGGACCAAGUUGUUCCACCAACAAAAUAAAACUUUGUGCACUGAAUACGAGAUCUACUAUAAACAGACUGAUGAGAGGAAAGUGGUACAACCAACUAUAUUUUAUUGGCGAAGAAACUCUGUUUCAAAGUCCAAGUUCAUGAGAGAAGGUUGAUAAUGUACCUUUCGGCUUACAAUAUUUUAAAACUAUAAUGAAACAACUGACAUUCCUUCCCGAUUUUUAUUGGUAAUUUAUUUAUUUAUGUAUUUGAACAUAUAGAUAUUGGUACAAGGAGGCACCAAGCAGAUAUGCGCCACAUAAAUCAUUCGAUUUAUGAGAGAACUGGGAUACUACCCGGGGGCCCAAACCGAAGAAAGUGGUUUUCUUACGGGGCCACAACCUGAGCCUUUGACCUAAAGGUCUGAUCCACAAGGCAGUGGAGCAACAUAAGGAGACGCAGUCCCAUGGUAACCGAUGAUCAACAAUUGGUUCAUAAGACAUUUGUUCCCUCAGGAUUCUGGAGCCCAUGUGUACCAUUGGUUUGGAAUCAGGGUUUUCCAACUCCCCUAGGUGUAUCCUCCAUAUCCACCAACCCAGUUAAAGCGUCGGAUAUUCGUUUUUCAUCCUCUCAAUUUCGUAAACAAUACCCCCGCCACGAGAAGGCAGUGGGUAGAACUUCCCUGGCAGUGGUUCUGUGCACGUGGCCACUUUAGAGCAUCUCGAGAGGGAGGGUGGGCCCUACCCACCAUCGGCUGUACCGGGGCAUUUGAGGGCUAUUGGUAAUUUGAUGAGUGUCAGUCUGCAAUUGGGAUUUAUUUCUAGGAAACUAUUCACUUGUUUACUUUACUUAUCUUUCAACCUAUUAUCCGUAUACAUACGUUUCUAAAUCGGGCAAAUAAAAUUGUCAUUCAUAGUUUCUCAAGGACUUGAUAUUGAACCCUUCAUCUUUCAAGUAUUGAUAAACUGAAUAUGAUAAUCACACAUUGUGCAGCAAACUUCAUAUACGUACACUGGGUGAGAAUUCAUAAACAUAUUUGGCUGUUCAAGUAGAAUAAGUAGAAAUCAUACUAACUGUAAAGCCAGCAUUAUAACCUGUUGGAAAAUUUAUUAUUCCUCAAAAAAACUCGACCUAAAUCAGCUGUAAGGAAGCUUUUCCAAUAGUCAUCCCGUUGAAUUUUUAAAUCGCUCUGGUAGGAUUCCCAAAGAUUAAGCCUGCCGAUAAGGUCUUAAGUGACUGCGGAAUGAGUGAUCUACAGACUAAUUUACCACAUUCGCCUAUGAUAUCUUGCAUAACAAGUGCGGAAGCCGUUGAAUCAUGCUCUAUGUAACUUGAGCUCUGAAUGACUGAUUCCCAAGGAUACGUUUUUACCUGUAUCAUCGUCAGUGGUAGCGUUAAAUUCUUAGCGGUUGGGGGCUGAGUCAAGAGUCAUUGGAGGGGGUUAGUAGAAGUUUGAUUUAAAAGUAUUUUGCGUUGUGUUCAUACACUGCACUCGCCAAUUUAUAAUUAUUUUCAUUUUUCUAGCUAAAAACAGGUUAUAAGAUUGUCAUCCAACCACAUUAUACUACUCAGUGGAAUAAAUCAUACUAAAAAAUAACCACUAUCUGUUAUUUCAGCCAUUUCCUUUCUCAAACAUCUCUGUAAUAUCAUUUUAAAGAAGAAUUAUUUAUUUCAUGUUUGUUAAAGCAUAUUCAGUGCAAUUACUUAGCCUGUAUAGUAAUGGAUUUGAUGAACUUCAAGUAAUGAAUACUUAUUCUGAUAUAUAACUAAUCCAUAAGAACUUUAUAAAUAUUGCCAAGAGACUAUCUUUUCAACACAACUGUUAUUAUGACAAGUGUGUGUAAAUUUGUAAACAUGACGGUAGGCAUUUAAACAACUGUGAACACUUACCUACUUUUGAGAUUGAACAUUAGGGUUUGCUUAAUUGUAGUUUACAGCUUUUAGACUUAACUUUGCCUGUAAUGUGUAUACCAAUCGAAUAAACAAUAAGUGCUCUUAAUUUUUAUAUACACACUAGUUUUGGCGUUGGAUUCACUUCCAUACUUAUUUGAAGAGGUAUUAUGAUGACUGCUCCAUUAAACAAAGAACCUCGAAAAAUUAAUAAUCUUGCUUCAAAACAGUUGGUUCAUUUUACGGAUUGCAAUGGCACAACGAGAGGAUAGAGUUGACCCAAAAAGUGGUGUCCGACAAAGCUGUCCACUAUCUCCAUUUUUGUUCAAUUUCAUCAUAAACCUACUGCUAGAUUUAAGUUCUCGUCGUCCGAAUUUUCGGAAAUUGAUCUUCCAGGAGGUCCACAUAUCGACUUAGAAUACGCAGAUGAUAUAGUCCUGUUUGGUGAAGACGCCGACAAAAUACAGAGUCUUGAUAGCAUUGGGCAUCAAUGCCAGGAUGUUUGGGUUGCGUUCCUCCCCCUCAAAAUGCAAGUUAUUGCUUCAGGACUGGUGUGCGUCAACACCUGAACUAAGGAUAAGGAGUGGAGUAGUCGGACGCGCCGACAACUUCACUUAUGUUGGGAGUCUGAUCAGCUCUGAUGGGUUGGUGUCUGAAAAAAUCUGUGCGCAGAUCCAAAAAACUUGUUUGGUUUUUGCCAACUUGUGUCACCUGUGGCGAAGGCGAGAUAUCCGUCUAUUACUUAAGCGCCGAAUGCACUGUGCAGCAGUUCUGUUUUACUUUACGGCUGCGAAACGUGGCCAUUAAGGGUAGAAGAUACUCGUAAGUUGCUAGUAUUUGACCACAGAUGUCUUAGAAAUAUUACCAGCAUCUGCUGGAAUCACCGGGUAAGUAAUAGUGAGGUUAGACUCAGGGUAUUAGGGAAUGAUGGUAAAUCAGUUGAUAAGGUUGUGAAUCUUCAUCGACUGAGAUGGUUGGGCCACGUGUUACAUAUGCCUGAACACCGAUUACCAAGAUGCACAAUGCUGACUAGUGUUGGGGAUCGUUGGAAGAAAGUUAGGGGCGGCCAAACCAAAACGUGGCAUCAGUCCUUGAAGUCACUAACUUCUGGUUUGAGCCAUGUUGGUAGAUGCAGACUACUUGGUCGCGGUCCGCGUGACUAUCGUAACCAAUGGUUGGAGACUCUUGGUGACAUGGCUCAUAACCGAUCAUAAUGGCGUAGGUGUACACACUCUAUCUUCCUUUAAACGAUGAGAUUAAAAUUGCUUUAUAUCUUUUUUUUCUACCAACUGAUUCUUUCUUCCCGUACUAUAUCCUUAUAUGCAAUUUUUCUUCUAUAUUUUACCACUAUUGAAUCAACUACUUCUCUCUGAAUUCGGUGUUCAUUUUGUUGUGCUAAUGAGGUGUGGCAACUUGGAUCGAUGCAUAUAUGUUCCUGGUCCUACGUAGUAACUGACUGACUGACGAAAAGUUUGAUACAUUUGCUCUAUAUACUUCAAGUAAUUUGGUCGUACAUAGAUUUAACAUGGGAUUUAUGGAAACUAAUAAAGGUUAAUUCAACAAAAGGCCUAAUUAACAUGAAGUGAUAAAGGAAAGGGAAAAUUAAUGUAAAAUGGAAAAAAUAGUUUUUCGCACUACUUCAUGGUGUAAAGUGGAUUAAAGGAUUACCAGGGUGAAAUCAAAGUUAGACUAAAUUAUUUUUGUGCACAUAAAGAAGUUUUGGGUUUUAUAGUGGUCAAAGUUUCUAUAAAUUUAAGAAUUUAUACACAGAGCUUUAGGUUCUGUCUUUAGAACAGUGCUAUGACCUUUCCUUUAGUUCUUAUCAACCCUUUUGUUAUAUCCGAGCGAAGAUUAAAUCACGAGUAACUUCUGAGACAUAUUAAUUGACUAAUAUUGUCUAUAUAUUCUUAUGGUAUAACUAUUCAAUAAUUGGAUUAUGUAUAUUUAUAUUCCUCAUAUUAUAAGCUUUAUUUUGACCUAUAAUUUAUUAUUGUACGAUUUAAUGUUCUUAAGCUGUGUUCAGUUUAUUGACUACUGCCUCCCACGUUCAGAGCUACUUUUUGGCUUUAUUGUGUAUGCAUGUUAUUUCCUAUUUUAUGGUGCGUUGCGGUCUGUCUGGUUGAUAUAUAAACCCAGUAUGUCUGAAAUAAAGGAUUCGAUUCGAUUCGCAUAGUGGAAGCUGGUAUUGGUGUUCUGGACUCAAGUGGACGGGCUAGGCGAACAUAGGACUAAUAAGGACACUAGGCUGCUCAUACGGGUCGAACGUCAUUGGUUUGGCACAGUGUGAAGAUUGUAUAAGUCGUAUUUUGAUUGGUAGAUAAGUCACCUGAUAACUACCCGGACAUAAAGUCAUAAUACCUUUGAUAAUCGAUACGGAUUUCACAGGUUCCAGCCCCAUUCCACCUACUUAAAACUGAACAGUUACAUAAUAUCCCUAACCUUGAUAAAACAAAUGCGUCCCGAAGCUAAUUUCCUGCUUAUAUAUGUUUGUUGUAUCUGUGGUGAGAAUUAGUUAGCUUAAUAGUCUUAAAGUUUGUUAUCGAAAUAUUAUAACCUAAUUUUUUUAUGCAAUUCGAAAAUACCAAGGAAAUAGUGCUAAAAAAUUUAGUAAAACCCAAAUGUGACCACCUUGAGUGAAUACAAAGUAAUUAUUUGUCAACGAUUUACCCCAAUCACUGACUAUUGGGAAGACAAAAGCAGUUUGCAAAGAAUAUAUAUCUCUGAUGAGAAAAUAGCAUUAUUCAUGUACAUAUUUCCUUUUCAAUGAUUAAGAAUUAUGUUUCAAUACUUAUAACCCACAACAAAUUUCUCACUUAAUAAAUAUCAAAACUGAAUGAAAUAAUUCUCAGACUAUACGAUAGAAUCUUAUAUAUAACUAGUUUAUAGAUGAGUUGGUCAAAAUUCCAUAGAACGUUAAAAUAAAAAAUUACUUUAUUGAAUUAAUUAUUAGUUUUUACUUUUAAUCAUCUCUUAUCACGAAAUGAACUUAAUUAUUCAGUUAUAUUGUUGCAUGUAAUAGGUAGUCAAGUUUCAAUUUCAAAUUGUUUAUUUUUUUUUCAAUUUCAGUGUAGAAGAAGCCGUAAAUGUAGCUAAUCACAUGCUUGGUCAUCGAAUCUACACUGCACAAACCGGUGACACCGGCCAAUUAUGCAAUACAUUAUUAGCAUGUGAACGUAAAUAUUCUCGACGUGAACAUUAUCUAGCUAUUGUCCUAGAUCGUUCUAGUGGUGGACCAGUAAUGAUUGGUUGUCAACAGGGUGGUGUAAAUAUUGAAGAUAUAGCACGUGAUAACCCAGAUGCUUUAAUUAAAGUAAAUCAGUAGACAUUUUUAUGGUUUGUACUUUGAUUAUGUAAAUCUUGAAUGUGAAUAGUAAAUAAUUCAAAUUCCUACUAGUAAUGAUAUAAGUAUCAUAAUUGUUGAACAAUUUAGCCGCUAUCUGUAUUCAAAAGCUCAAUGGAUAACGAGUUGGGUGUUUGAAGUGAAAAACACCUUGGCUCGAGUUCAGAUGUAGAUACCAACACUGGGAUGUACCAGGUACAUCCUACUGACAAGUCCCAAGUAGGGUUAAACAUUCAUCUCGAAUUCUACUACUAGUCAUAAUAUAUCCCUUCUGUAAUUGCUCUUGGCAACAUAUAGACCUAAUGACUAGUUGAUUUCAACUAUAACUAUUAAUUUUAUAGGUAAGUAACAAAUUUUAGUUGGCACCAAGGAUUAGAUAAAUAUGACAUUAGUGUUACUACUUAGUAGUCGGUGAGUAUAAAAAUCUCAGUCCCACAAGAGGCCAGUCAUAACUUGGAUUACCCAGUUGUGGUGAUGUUUCUGACUGUGAUAGUGAGUAGCGUGGGUAGCAUCAGUUGUCUGUUUAAUAGUCUAAAUAGUGACAUAGGUUUCUGGGAAGAAAUUGGAAAUCGGUAAAUACGAUUGUAGAUCUUCGACAUCUGAGAUGUUUGGGACGAGUUACGUAUCCCUAACCACUGCCUAUCCUAACAUGCAAUUUCAGGUUCAGUCUAAGUUGGAAAGAAGCUAAAGGCGGACAAAUUAAAAUGUGGUAUCAGUCCAUGAAGUCAUUCACUAUUGGUGUAACCUAUGUUUCUAGAUCCCAACUUCCUGGUUGCAGUAGUUAUGAUAACAAUGACCAGUGGUUGAUGUUGGGUGACAUGGGUCAAAAUCGAUUACAUUGGCUCAGGUUCAUUUACUCUUCGUUUUCUUAUGGAUGUCGAGUUGCAGUAUUUCUUCAUACAUACCUUUCGAUUUCGUCCUGUCUUACCUUAUUCUCAAGGUUUAGUCUUCCCUAUUUCCACUGGUAACACAGUUCAACUCCUUUGUCAUUCAUCUUCUUAAUUUAAUCUCAUCGUGGUUAUAUAAUGUGACAAUUUAAGCUAACCUACUUUUAUUGGACACUGUAUCUGUUGACGUUGACUGAUUAAAAACUGCUUGUUGAUCGCUUCCAACCACUUAACAUCAAAAUAUUACAAGUAAUACAAUUUGCGUAGAAUUUCAAAAUGAUAUUAUUUAUAAGUUUAAGUGACCAUGAUUUUACUAGGUAUCUAAUUGAAAAUAAUUUAGUUUAAUAUAAUUUUCAUCUCAAACUGUAACUUAAUAACACUAUGCAAUAGCUUAGUGGUUAAUUCAUUCAACCUUCAAUCAUUCGAUCGUAGGCUAGAACGCCCCCUUACCUAUUUUGGUGUGACCGAUCGGAUGGCAUCAUUAACUCUCACACUUGGAAUGUAGCUCAUAUCUAAGUACUUGAUAAACAACUUAGUUUAUUAUCUACUAUUAAUAUUAUGCAUGUUUCAUAAAUUUCAGCAUGAACUCAAUUCAGUCGAAAGUCAUAGGUGUGUGUACACUGAUGAGUAGUGGUAGCAGUAGUAGUAAUAGUAGUCCUAAAAUAUUAGAUAAUACAGUUAUCCAGUGUUUCAUGGUUUUUCUAAUACUUCUUUAACUGAAUGCAAUCCAUGAUGUUUAUUGUCAAAAGUAAAUAAAUAAAAUUUAAUAAUGCACACACACACGUGUACACGGUGAAACUACUGAAUUCCAAGUUAUUUUUUAUGAGUAUAAACACAGACACACACAUUCUUUGUAACAGGUUUAGAACAGUGUGCAUAUUUCUGUUACUACUUUCUGUCCAUUAUCAACAGAUAACGCAAUUCGCUUUCUUUCUUCAAUCUGAUGGAUCUAUUCCAAUUAAAUCAUAUAAACUUGAGUUACAUAUACAAGAACGAAACACUUUCAUCAACGUAACGUCACUGUGAUAACUGUACUUUAGUAUGAUCAGUUAUAUAGUCGUGUUUUCUUGACUCAUCAGUGCAUCCACUUACCUUCUAAAUAACUUAAUUUCCUCCUGUGAAUUGUGUAUUUGUGCUCCAACGCGUCGGUGGUUCAAUGGUAGAAUCCUCGCCUCCCACGCGAACGGUCCGGGUUCGGUUCCCGGCCGACGUAGACCGCCCCGCCCCUGAAUGCCCUGGCACGGCCGAUGGUGGGUAGGGCCCACCCUCCCUCUCGAGAUGCUCUAAAGUGGCCACGUGCACAGAACCACUGCCAGGGAAGUUCUACCCACUGCUUUCUCGGGGCGGGGGUAUUGUUUACGAAAUUGAGAGGAUGAAAAACGAAUAUCCGACGCUUUAACUGGGUUGGUGGAUAUGGAGGAUACACCUAGGGGAGUUGGAAAACCCUGAUUCCAAACCAAUGGUACACAUGGGCUCCAGAAUCCUGAGGGAACAAAUGUCUUAUGAACCAAUUGUUGAUCAUCGGUUACCAUGGGACUGCGUCUCCUUAUGUUGCUCCACUGCCUUGUGGAUCAGACCUUUAGGUCAAAGGCUCAGGUUGUGGCCCCGUAAGAAAACCACUUUCUUCGGUUUGGGCCCCCGGGUAGUAUCCCAGUUCUCUCAUAAAUCGAAUGAUUUAUGUGGCGCAUAUCUGUUUUGUGCCUCCCUGUACUAGUGUUUAUGUGUUUAAAUAAAUAAAUAUAUAUGGCGUGAACUAAUCGAGCGUGUUGUUCAUCGCGUUCCUCAUGGGAGUUCCAUCAUUCUUCGUAAGGUUGAUGGCUAGCAAAAUAUCGCUACUGAUCCAAAAGUCUCCCUUGAUGCUGCUUGUAGUGCAGGCGAAAUGUCUGUCCGUCAACCAAGGAUCGAACGUACUCUUUAGCAAUCAGAUAUGUAUCAUCGUGUGACUAUAAAAUAUAGUUUGUGAAAGUAGAAAAAAUACAUUGACUGCAUACAUUAAAUCCUAGAUAUAUCUUUAAAACAUUGCUCACAUUUUGCAAAACUUCGUAGUGAGUGUAUUGUACGAAAUCGUUAUCGGACAUUACUGUAAAAUAGUCACAUACUCAUUAUCAUUAAACAGAACUGUUCAAUGCACCAUCGUUUCCAAUAGUUCUGCGACCUUUUAUUUGUAACAAAUAUCUCCAGGAAACAUUUUAACCAGUACUCAAUUACUAUUCUUUCUGAAAAAAAUUUAUUGUACACCUUUUAGAUUCCAGUUGAUAUUAACAAAGGUUUAAAUAAAAAAGAUGCUUUAUUUAUGGCGCAUAAAUUAGGUUUUACACAUCCAGAUGAAGCAGCUAUAUACAUUGAACGACUUUAUAAACUCUUUGAUUCAUCCGAUUGUACGCUGUUAGAAAUUAAUCCAAUUUCUCAAGAUAUAAAUGGAAAAGUUGUUUGUAUGGAUUGUAAAAUGAAUUUCGAUGAUAAUGCUGCAUUUCGACAGAAAGAGAUUUUUGCACAACGUGAUUGGUCACAAGAAGAUGAACGUGAUGUAAAAGCAUCAAAGGCUGGAUUAAAUUAUAUUGGUUUAGAUGGAAAUAUUGGUUGUUUAGUUAACGGAGCUGGUUUAGCUAUGGCUACUAUGGACUUAAUUCAAUUACAUGGUGGUAAUCCAGCGAAUUUUCUUGAUAUUGGCGGUGGAGCGACAGCUGCUCAAGUGACUGAAGCUUUUCGUUUAAUCGUAUCUGAUUCGAAGGUCAAUGCUAUACUAGUAAAUAUUUUCGGUGGUAUUAUGCGUUGUGAUGUGAUUGCACAAGGUAUUGUAACAGCUGCUACAGAAUUAAACAUAAAAGUACCAAUUGUUGUACGACUUCAAGGGACUAGAGUUGAAGACGCUAAAGCAAUUCUUGCUACAAGUCAUAUGAAAAUUCUAGGUUGUAGUGAUUUAGAUGAAGCUGCUCAAAUGUCUGUUAAACUCGCUAAUAUUGUUCAUUUGGCUCGUGAAGCUGCUAUAAAUGUGAAAUUCGAACUGCCUUAUUAAUUAAUAAUGUGAUUAUAGUAAUAUUAUUACAAUAAGCAAAGAUGAAUAGUUCGAAGGAAUGGGGACAUCAAGUUAUAUUGAAUGGUGAUGAAUCCAGUAGUUCGGUUUAUACUAUUAUUAUUAUCGUUAUUACUAUUAUUAUUAUUAUUAUUAUCGUUAUUACUAUUAUUAUUAUUAUUAUCAUUAUUAUUAUUAUUAUAACUUACUUCCGAAAGAUAGCAGUCAUUGUGUGGUCUAUUCAAUUCAGUUUUGUCAUAUCCUUUUGUACGAAUGAAUGUACAAUGACGGUAAUGGGAUUAUUGUUUUAUACGACAGAUUUAAAUAUCUACUGCAUUACGUAAUACAUUGAUUUUGUUGCAUAAGAAUUUCUCAUACUUUGAUAGAAAAUCCUUAACUAAACAAUCACUUAUUAUCAUUGUAUUUUGGUUGCAGCCAGCUCAAUGACACCCCUCCACACACACAGUUUAUUUUACGUUGAAAACAGAGAGUAUACAAAACUUCAUUUUCAAAGUAUAAAAAUGCUAGUAUACCCACCAUACAACUAUUUUGCCAGAAGAAAAAGAUGAAUUCAAAUCUUUAUUUCACUUAAAAUAUCGUUUAUCUCUAUUGUUUUUCUUAUCUUUCAUCGUUAUUCACUAUGAGUUACAUAUACUACUAUUUGUUGUCCUGUGAUAGUAGUAAUAAAUGGUAUUGCUCGGAGAUAAUUCAUGUUUGAAUUUCUUUUCAUUUCUUUGUAUUCGUUUAUACACCUACAAUCAAGCGUGUAUAUGUAUCCGCGUACAAAGGGAAGUGGUUACUUCAGUUUUCUUUUUCCUCUUACUCUUUCAUUUGCACACCGUCCAGAUUCAUCCCCACAGGGACACUGUCAUCCAUAUUUCAAAUGUUGACUUUUCGAAGGUUUUGAUGAAUUUUUAAGAAAGACCAUGUAACAUUAUUCGAUAGUCCGUCUUCAAACAUCUUUAAGAAUAUUAGCUAGAUGAAUAUGUUAGCAGGGAUAUGAGGAUCAAAUAUAUUUCUUUCAGAUCUCCUUUCAUUUAAUCAUCCCGGUUUACAUGAAUAACAUAUACUCUCUAAGGUUUUGAACGUCAGUUGACGGUAUGUCAAAAACAAACCGUAGUAAAGUUAAUUCAUCCAAUGAGUUUGACAAACCGGGAAGCCUAGAAAGGUACGGCGUAAUUUCGCUAUUUGAUAUAACGAUCAAUAAGUGUGAUAGAUCUCUAUUUCAUUUACUGACAAGUGACCUACAAGAAUUAUAUCUUACAACUAAAUUUUUUUAAUCAUAUUUAUUUAUGUGCAAUGUUUUACUAGUAGGGAAUAACCAGUCACUAAUUAGUUCAAUUUCUUGAUAUUCGUUCCUUGAGGGGAGCUUUGCGUCAAUAAUUCAGUUUUUAUGAAUAGCUAUCAGUUAUCCACUUUUCAUUAGGAGGCCUCAAUAAUUCUUUGAAAAGGUUUUCAGAACAUAGGAGAACACUCCGACUAAUCAGUGUUUUUUGGAAACUUUCAAGAGAAUUCUAUGGAAACGACAGUUUGUGUUGUAAUUAUCCUAUCGAGCAGUCGCCGAUCUUGUUACCAAUUUUAGUGUAUUUUUCAGACGCUCAACGUCACAUUUAGUCAAAUAAUUACCUAGAUCUUCUGUGCACGAACUAACCUUGGAACUAAAGCUUCAUCUACCACUUCCUUUUGCUUUUUUUGUUCAGGAUUCGAGAAUACAAAAUAUCUGGGGGCUAGAAAGCAUGUAGAAAGUCAGUGUCUAAGCUUUCGGUUACUUGACGUAUCACACAUAAUUAUCAAAUUAAGCGAUCGGUCGCACAUUCGUACACAAAUACUAGUGUUAUUUGCAAUCAUGCCCAACGUAGAACCCUAGCUCAAGUUCCCACACCACAUCAGCACAUUGAGAAGUCCGACUAAAAGUAGUACCUGUAUUAGUGGUAUUAGCAAAAACUAGGUAUCAGUAAUAUUAUUCUAGAAAAAAACAUGAAUUCGUGGAGUAGAAAGAGUAUCAGAUGAAAUAUUGAAUUUCGUGGAUGCUUCUGAGCCAUUUCACCCAAUAUAUGUAACCAUUGAUUUUGUGAUAUUCGUGCGGACCCUAACUAGGUAAUAUCCAUUCACUAUUGACACGGUUCAAAUGAACGGUAACUGAUUUCAUAAACUAAUAUCACGUCUUGGUACAUACAUAUUGUUAACAAAGACUGAUUGAGGUUCAGUCGCUAACAUCAACAACAAGAUAAAUUACGCCCUUACUAUCAAUAUUUUUGAAAAAAAAAAGAUUCCUGAAGUUAUUACAUGAAUCAUAACCAUUAGCAGACACAAUAACAUUGACAUAAAAUCAACCAAAUGAUGAAAAAUAGAAGUUGACAAGUAAAGCAAACAGGUAGAUGAAAUAUGUAAGAAUCCUAGGAAAAAAGAACAAAGCACACUUAGGUUAAUGCUUCUGUGUACAGCCGAACCGAUUACGAUUGAAAAAGCAACUUAGAGGUUAUGGUGCAUAGAACCAGGAUAUUGACCGUGGAUUGUUUCAACAUGAGACUAUUUGUGUCGCCUCUGAAUGGUAACGUAAUAUAAACUCGCUUUUUGGGUGCCAGAAGCGUCAUAGGUCUAGUCGUAUUGCAACCCUUCCAGCGGUUUAUGAACUUCAAAAAUAACCAUUAUUCAUUAACGUAUCAGUCAAGAGCUUCGUCUCUACUUAAAUUAGCUAUCAACUGGACAUUUUAUGCAGCCCAACUUGUCAUUAUCGAAAAGACAAGGUCUAUGUUUCACCAAACAGCACGAAAACGAUUGUGUCACAUCCCACUGCGUCUAUCAUUUUACAUGUAUGUGUGGAAACACGUACAUAGGGAGGAGCAAUCGUGAUUUGCAAUUAAGGGUGGGUGAACAUAUACCAAAAUGGUUGCAGAAUCAGAUGAAUUCCAAUGGUCGAAUAAGAUCACAGGAUAGACAGACAUCAUCCUCCAUUGCGAAACAUUUGAUUGAGACGGGUCAUAAGGUUGACAUCAAAUCAGCAUUUGUAGUGUUAUACAAAAGCUUUCAAGGACGUAUACUAAGGUUUAUCGAAGCCUUGGUUAUACGGAAAUCGAAACCCCCUUUAUGUGUUCAAAAUCAAUUUGUCCUUACACUUAACCUACCCUGGUAAUACUGAUUUAUUAUCCAGAGUGGUAAUCACUUUUGUUUUCGUGUACUUUUUUUCUAUGUUACGGCUUACCUUUAAUCUAUGUGGUGGACCUCUUAAUUUUCAUAGAACAAAUGUCUUAACAAGUAUAUGUGUGAUCAGAUUGUUCGAAAUGUAUUGCCCAAAUAUAUCACAUAAUUCUGAUAAACUUCGUCUUCUCAUUGCAUUAUCAAAAUUUAUCAAUGGGACUAAUUGUUUUAAAUAUUAUGUAAUCGUUAUCAUUG